AUGGACUCUUUACCUUUUCCAAAUGUUGCUAAUAGAGAUCCUUUGAGGCAAGAAGAAGUAGCGUCUUUUUACGAGAUUUGCCAAAAACACCGGGAUUACUACCGAGGCUAUCCUAAAUGCUACCAUCCACUAUUGUAUUUCAGAGAACCGACAAUAGCAUUCCAAUGCCCAUCAGAAAUGACUGAAGUAUACUUGAGCUACCAGCCGUUCCAUGUGAGGUAUAGGCAGCCCUUAGUCUUACCCAAUACAUUAGAGCGGACUUCUUACAUGCCUCAACUUCCUGAUAGAAAUCUAGGGGCACGUUAUGGACCUACGAGUAAAGCGUUCAUACGAUAA